GCUCCCGGCAGAAGGCGCAGCCAUGAACCCGUUAUUCGGGCCCAACCUCUUCCUCCUGCAGCAGGAGCAGCAGGGCCUGGCCGGGUCGCCGGGGGACCCGCUGGGCGGCGACCACUUCGCGGGCGCCGGGGACGCGCCCCCGGCCGGCCUGGGCGCGGCCGGCGCGGCCGCCUACUCGCCCCCCGGGCCGGGCCGGGCGCCCCCCGCCGCCAUGGCGCUCCGCAACGACCUGGGCUCCAACAUCAACGUGCUCAAGACCCUGAACCUGCGCUUCCGCUGCUUCCUGGCCAAGGUGCACGAGCUGGAGCGCCGCAACCGGCUGCUGGAGAAGCAGCUGCAGCAGGCGCUGGAGGAGGGCAAGCAGGGCCGGCGGGGCGCGGGCCGGCGCGACCAGGCGGUGCAGACGGGCUUCGUGGGCCCCAUCCGGCCGCUGGGGCUGGCCCUGGGCGCGCGGCCCGCCGCCGUGUGCGCCCCGUCGGCGCGGCCGCUCGGCUCGCCCGCCAGCCCCGCGCCCGCGCCCGCGCCCGGCCCGGCCGCCGCGCGCCUCGCGCCCGGCACCAUCUGGUCCUUCUCGCACGCGCGCCGCCUGGGCCCGGGGCUGGAGCCCACGCUGGUGCAAGGGCCCGGCCUGUCCUGGGUGCACCCCGACGGGGUGGGCGUCCAGAUCGACACCAUCACCCCCGAGAUCCGCGCGCUCUACAACGUCCUGGCCAAAGUGAAGCGCGAGCGGGACGAGUACAAGCGGAGGUGGGAAGAGGAGUACACGGUGCGGGUGCAGCUGCAGGAGCGCGUGGCCGAGCUGCAGGAGGAGGCCCAGGAGGCCGACGCCUGCCAGGAGGAGCUGGCCAUGAAGGUGGAGCAGCUGAAAGCCGAGCUCGUGGUGUUCAAGGGGCUCAUGAGCAAUAACCUGUCGGAGCUGGACACGAAGAUCCAGGAGAAGGCCAUGAAGGUGGACAUGGACAUCUGCCGCCGCAUCGACAUCACGGCCCGGCUCUGCGACGUGGCACAGCAGCGCAACUGUGAGGACGUGAUCAGGAUGUUCCAGGUCCCGCCCAUGGGGGGGCGGAGGCGGGAGCGCAAGGCCACGGCCACGGCGGCGGCGGAGGAGGACGCGCCGCCGGUGGGGGACAGCGCCGGGCCGCGGCCCCCCGCGGGGGAGGAGGAGGAGAGCGCGGCCCUGAGCAUCAACGAGGAGAUGCAGCGCAUGCUGAACCAGCUGCGGGAGUACGACUUCGAGGACGACUGCGACAGCCUGACCUGGGAGGAGACCGAGGAGACGCUGCUGCUCUGGGAGGAUUUCUCGGGCUAUGCCAUGGCAGCCGCCGAGGCCCAGGGCGAGCAGGAGGACAGCCUGGAGCAGGUGAUCAAAGACACGGAGUCGCUGUUCAAGUCCCGGGAGAAGGAGUACCAGGAGACGAUCGGCCAGAUCGAGCUGGAACUGGCCACGGCCAAGAAUGACAUGAACCGGCACCUGCACGAGUACAUGGAGAUGUGCAGCAUGAAGCGGGGCCUGGACGUGCAGAUGGAGACGUGCCGCCGGCUCAUCACGCAGUCCGGAGACCGAAAGUCUCCUGCUUUCCCUCCGGUCCCGCCCAGUGACCCGCCGCCUCCGGGCGAGGCUGAGGACUCCGAUCGAGACGUCUCAUCUGACAGCUCCAUGAGAUAGGGGCCCGCUGCCCCCCACGCUGCCC